GGAGGAGCAGAGCCGGGCACCGCCGCACCGGGCACCGCCCCGCGGCCUCCGCUCCUCCCCCGGUACCUGGGUUCGCGCGGCCAUGGCGGACGGGAGCGGGCGCGCCGUGCCCGGAGCGGGGCCGCCGCGGUGCCGCUCCGACUCUCCGGGGCUGCUGGAAUGCCGCCGCUGCCGGUACCUGCGCACGGGCCGGGCCUGCUGCCAGCUGCUGGGAGCGCUGCUCGCCGCGCUCAUCCUCGUCUGCAGCUCCGUGUCCUACGGCUCGGCGGGCGGAUACACGGGCGUCCCCGGGCAGGGCGGCAUCUACUACUACGCGUACGGCGGCGCGUACAGCGGCUUCAGCGGAGCGGACGGGGAGAAAGCCCAGCAGCUGGACCGGCGUUUCACGGAGCUCAAGGUGCCCGUCGCCAGGGCGGCCAUGGCCGUGGGCGGAGCCCUCACGGUUUUCUCUUGUGCGCUGAUUUUGGCCGGCGUUGCGCGGAUCCCGUGGCGUUUUCCGGCGUGGCUCCUACUGGAAUGUGUCCUGGAUGCCGGGGUUGCAGUGGGUUUGCUGGUCGCUCUGUACUACUUCUUCCAUCACCUGCUGGGGGUUUAUGAAUCAUCAGUGUGCAAAGAGAGAGCGCAGCUUUACCAAAGCAAAGGCUAUCGGGGCUUCGGCUGCAGCAUGCACGGGGCAGAGAUUGCUGCCGGCCUCCUGGGCUGUGCGGCUGUCGUGGCGUUCCUGCUUAGUGCAGGACUGGCUGUCAGAGCAUACAGAACAGUUCACAAACUGAAACGGAAGCCAGAGCACAUGCAGCAGCCAUAGAAUUAUUCCUCUGCUCCAGUAGUCCUGAUUUCUGCCAGCCUCGUGGCAUGCUUUGACUUGCUUGGGGACAAUACAUUCUUAUUACUGUAACAGAGCAGCCACCAAGAAUAUGGCUCCAAAUAUAGUGAAAUCAAGCAGUUCAAACUUGAAUCAGCACUGUUAAAUUAUUAGUGGACACAUAGGCCCCACAGAUUGUCUUCAUCUGGUGGCUCUUCUGCCUCUCCAGCACAUAUCAGAGACAGAGAAUGCACUGCUAACUGCUGUUCUUAUAAACACAGUAAUGCACAGGCUUUGUCUAAAUAGCAAACUUGUCUUGUGGGUUUUGUGGCCUGGGAAGAUAAUUCAGUUUUGGAGAAGUCCUUGUUCCUAAAUGUAGAUGACUGAGAGAGAGAUCACAUACCUGAGCUCAGGGUUUCCUUUUGCCUCCUUGUACUUGGGGUACUUGGGUUAGGGCAACAUCAUACCCAGAAUCCUCCCAGCAGUAGGUUAAUUAAUGCCAGUAAUGACAUCAGGCAGCUGGCGUGGCUAGAAUGUGUCACAGACACACGUGCUGGAGCUUUUAAAAAGGGCCUGUGACUGUCCACUGUGAAUGGAACUCUUAAAAGCGAGCAGUGAAGCUGGUGGCUGUGGCUGCCAAUUCCUGCUUCAUAAAGAUCUGUUGGUGCUAAAGGGGCAGCUUUCAUAUGGCAUUUAUAUUGCCAUCAGACUCCUGAAAUAGACUUGCAGGGUGUUGAACACACUCAGCUUAAUUUGUGACACAGUGCCUUCUUUUCGCUUCCCUCUGGGUGAGGGCACCUUUCUGGAUGGAGCAGUCCUUUAUAUAACACGUACACAACCAUUUUGCUUAAGAAGAGCCCAAAGUUUGAGUCAUCUGACAGAAGUUUUAGGAGCUCACAGAGGUGAUUUAAGACAUAUGUGUAUUGUUUGCAAAAUGUUUCUAGUGUGCAAGGUAGGGAGAUGAGACUGAUUUUGUAUUAUGAACAAAUAAAGGUGAUGUUUUCUAUUUUUCUCUUCAGAAA